CGGACUGAGCUGUCUAUAGAGCUUGGGACGUUCCCCCGUUUUCUAUGUAGAGCAGAGUAGUUGGUGAUCAGUGAUGGGUUGCUUGCACUCAAAAACCAGCCAACUUCACUCCCCGGACGACCCUUCCUCCCAACCCGACCCAGCCAAUGGGGAUCAAGCUGAUCAAGACCUUCAAGUCCCGGCAUUCAAAGAGUACGGUCUCAGUGAGCUCCGGAAAGCCACCAAUGGCUUCAGCACCGAUUACAUUGUGUCCGAGAGCGGCGAGAAAGCUCCCAAUGUGGUUUACAGAGGCAAACUCGAGAACAACCGCUUAGUCGCAGUCAAACGGUUCUCCAAGCAGUCCUGGCCUGACGCUCAACAGUUCGUGGCAGAGGCGGUGGGAUUGGGGAAGGUGAGGCACAAGAGAUUGGUGAAUCUGAUUGGUUGCUGUGCUGAAGGAGAUGAACGCCUCUUGGUAGCUGAGUUCAUGCCCCAUGAUACUCUGUCCAAGCAUCUAUUCCAUUGGGAUAAGCAGCCACUGCCAUGGGAAAUGCGUGUUAGAGUUGCAUAUAAUAUUGCACAGGCACUUGAUCAUUGUAAUGCCGAAAAUCGUAAAAUUUAUCAUGAUUUGAAUGCAUAUCGAGUUCUUUUUGAUGAGGAUGGUGACCCUCGUUUGUCUAGUUUUGGCCUUAUGAAAAAUGGUCGAGAUGGAAAAAGCUACAGUACUAAUUUAGCUUAUACGCCACCUGAGUUUUUACGGACAGGAAGGGUCAUCCCAGAGAGUGUGAUCUACAGUUAUGGAACUGUUCUGUUGGACCUUUUAAGUGGGAAGCAUAUUCCUCCAAGCCAUGCACUGGACUUGAUAAGUGGGAAAAAUGUAUUGUUGUUGAUGGAUUCCUCAUUGGAAGGACAAUAUGCCAAUGAUGAUGCUACUAAAUUGGUUGAACUUGCUUCGAAGUGUCUUCAGUCUGAGACUAGGGACCGACCUGAUACAAAGUUUCUUCUCGCAGAUGUCGCACCGCUUCUAAAGCAGAAAGAGGUAACAUCACACGUUCUUAUGGGCCUGCCUAAAAAUACAGCUGUGCUGCCAACGUUGCUUUCCCCACUUGGGAAGGCUUGUGCAAGGAUAGAUCUUACUGCUGUGCAUGAUAUUUUGUUAAAAACAGGCUAUAAAGAUGAUGAGGGUGCAGAAAAUGAGCUGUCAUUCCAAGAAUGGACACAACAAGUGCAGGAGAUGUUGAAUACAAAGAAAUUUGGGGAUAUUGCGUUUAGGGAUAAGGAUUUCAAGAGUGCAAUCGAGUAUUAUUCCAAGUUAGUUGCAAUGAUGUCCGUUCCUUCGGCCACUGUCUUUGCAAGGAGAGCCUUCUCCUACUUGAUGAAUGGUCAAGCAGAACUUGCCUUAAGGGACGCCAUGCAGGCUCAGGUGUGCAUACCAGAGUGGCCAACUGCAUUCUACUUGCAGGCUCUUGCACUCUCAAAGCUAGGAAUGCAAACCGAUGCUCAGGACAUGCUCAAUGAUGGGGCAACCUUCGAAGCAAAGCGGCAGAACAGUUGGCGUAGCUAAAUUCCAAGCUCGAUGCAAAUACACUCGAGUUUCCGUUUCCAUCUGUCCUUGACACCAUGGUGGUGAUGUGGUGAGGAAAAAUGAGUAGUGUUAGCAGAUGUUUUCAGGAAAUUCCAACUGAUAAUGUGUUGCUUGAGCAAUGUAUAGAUUAAAAAAAAUAAGUCUUUGAUUUAUCAGAUGGACAUUUACCAUGUGAAAUCUAAUUUACGUGGCCUCUCAUUGGCCCGCAGGGCGGAAUUAUGGCAAUGAGUUAGAAAUAGUGAAGUAGCAGAUUCUUGUUUCCUUUGAAAUGUAAUAUUUUUUUUUUUUUUUUUUGGUUGGGGUUUCUGAAGGGCCCCGUAUAUUGGAGCAGUCAAUGUUUUGCAGUGACAGAUUUUGAAUUU